AUGUCUGAUGAAGAAAAAUCGAAAUCUUAUUCACUGAGGAAAGACGGAUACGUGCCGUUUCCAGAAGGUUUACCUCCAGUCACCCGGAAACGUAACGAAACAAAAAAAUUUGAAUUCCGAGACGCGUUUGAUGGUGAAAAAACUGUAGAUUCGGGACUAGGAAAAUCUCAAAUCAAUCCAGAAAUCACUUCAGACGAGGAUUCAGAAGACGAACCCCGUAAGGAAAUACCUAGGGCAGAUAAAUCGGACACUGCAAGUACCAGUAACAAUAACAUUGAUUUAACCAUUAAUAACGACGACACCCUUACAGAAAAAACGGUUAGCGUCCCAGUAGAUAAAAAAACGGUUAACACCCCGGUUAAUCAAGAAAAAGUUAACAACCCGAUUGACCCAGGAAAUAAUAAUAAUAAUAACCCCGAAGAUCCAAACAACAUCGACGAAAUGGUUUUAACCGCGAAUCAAAGUAUCUCGUUAAGCGACGCUUUGGCGUUUGUACCCCGAUUCGAUGGAGUCCCGGAAGAACUCAUCGAUUUUUCAAAAUGUUGUAAGGAAGCAAAAGACGUGUUACCCGCCAAAGCAGAAGCAAAUUUAUGUAAAUUGAUCUACGGAGUAAAACUAGACGAUAAAGUAAAGGCAUCAUUAAGUCACACCAUCCCAGCAACAAUUUUAGAUUUGACGAAGAACUUAAAAAAGAUUUAUGUAGCUUCAAAGACGGUUUUCCAAUUACAAGGCGAAUUAGGACAAUUGUAUCAGGGAAAGGGUGAAUCAGUAGUGGAUUACGCGAAUAGAUUAAGAAAAAAGGUAGACGAAAUCAUUGAAUGCAAUGCGUCGGACAAUCCUAAUAUGACCGAAGAAGAAAAUCGAGCGUUCAAAGACAAGAUCAAUUCUUCACUCGCGGCUAUAUUCACACAUAAUUUGGACCAGGAAAUCGAGCAGCGAAUGCCCAUUUGCGCUAACGUAGAUGAGGCCCUAGCAGCUGCCAUAACAAUUGAAAGGAAAAUGAAAGCGCGGAACGAGUUGAUGUCUAAGCCCAAGGAAAAGACUGCAGAAGAGAAGAAGAAGAAGAACCCGGUAACUUUCACUACUACCACUGAUUCCCGAAACCCAAAGAAUAAAACAUCAAACUCGGGCAAUAAUAAUAAUCCUAAUAAAAAUACCAAUAAUGGGAACGGAAAUUCAAACCAAUUCGACCUCUCAAAAAUUAAUUGUCGUCGUUGUAGGAAACAAGGGCAUUUCGCAAAAGACUGCCCCGAACGUCAAUGUCAAAUCUGCUACGAGAAAGGACACGGAGCCAAAACAUGCCCUCAAUUAGCAAAAACAGGCCAAAAUCAAUAUGCCAAUUUAAGAUGCCAAUUGUGUGGUCAAAGAGGCCAUUCCGCUAGAUAUUGCAAAUUAAAUCUAAAUCAAGUCAACCCCGCUUCGAAUCCCGAGCCGAGUCAAGGAAAUUACCGACAUCCUCCAAACACGGGAAACAAUAAUUACGCGCAAAAUGCAGGGAUGCAUUGUGACGUUUGCGGACUUGAUAAUCACACCCAGGAAAAUUGUAGGUGGUUAAAAACGAUAAAUUUUAUCCAAGCAAACGCGAGACAAUCUUCUUCGGGGGGCGCGAGAGAAGAUCAUCGAAAUACCCGUCCUGUACACGCGAUACAGAACGUGAGGAUAGACGAAGACUCAGAAUAA